UGACCAAGAACACGUGAAUUGCUUUUUCAUUGAUCGUUUUAAGUCAGGACUCCUGUGCAAAAGCAGUACUGCACCUUUAAAGUACUCUCGCUCCUACAAGUAGUGUGAGCGCUUCGGAGCGCCGGCCUCCGCCGCUGCGUUUCGCGGUGCGCGCUCAUGUGACCGGCCGCUGCGAAGGUGCGAGUCUGGCUGCCAUCCCCUGAUGUGCGCGCGUUUAACGCGAAGAUGGUGAGACGUCGCGUUUCGUAAAACACAAGCUAAGCAAGCUGCCGAUACACAGGGCGACCCUGCCUGUGUCGGUACGGAGGGAAAAGAAACGAGAGCCCAGUGUGUAAGUGGACGGGAUAUUAGCGCUCAACGGACAAGGAGACGGAAAGCGCAGCGAGUGGACCAGGACGGGCAAUGACACUGGCGAACGGAUGAAGUGAUUUUUACGCUGAAUUACGGACUGUUUUGAAGGGAAGGAAAGAGUGCAGUGAUUUACUCUCAACAUAUCUGUGUUUCCUUCACAAAAACGAGAGGGUCGUUGACAGGCAGAGCGCAAUCCCGUGUGCAACAUGUCCAGGAAAAAGACAGUCAAAAGCAAGAACCGGACCAAAGGUCCCUCUGCUUCCCCGAAAAGCAAAGGCAACGGGAAAGGUGCGAAAGGAACCGCCGGAACCGAGCCUCAGUCGAACGGAGUGGUCCACCCCAGCCGACCCUCUCUCAGUAACAGCGGAGAGUUCUACGACGUCGCUUUUAAGGUGAUGCUGGUGGGAGACUCAGGUGUGGGGAAGACCUGUCUGCUGGUGCGCUUCAAAGACGGAGCCUUCCUGGCAGGAAGCUUCAUCUCCACCGUGGGCAUCGACUUCAAAAAUAAAGUGCUGAACAUUGAUGGUGUGAAGGUGAAGCUCCAGAUCUGGGACACAGCUGGGCAGGAACGAUUCCGCAGUGUGACACAGGCCUACUACCGCGAUGCCCAUGCUCUCCUGCUGCUCUAUGACGUCACUAACAAAACAUCCUUCGACAGCAUCCAGGACUGGCUGACAGAGAUCCAUGAAUAUGCCCAGCAAGAUGUGGUGCUGAUGUUGCUGGGCAACAAGGCUGAUGCUACACAUGACAGAGUGGUAAAAAGAGAAGAGGGGGAGAAACUGGCUAAGGAGUAUGGGGUGCCCUUUAUGGAGACCAGUGCGAAGUCUGGCCUUAAUGUGGAGCUGGCCUUCACUGCAGUGGCCAGCGAGCUGAAACACAGAGUGAUGAAGGAACCCUCUGAGCCCCAGUUCCACCUACAGGACUACGUCAACAAGGAGAUGAAGAGUGCAGGGUGCUGCAGGCCUUAACACUGCAACACAGCCGUACUAAUGGAGCCCCCGUGUGCGAGUAUGUGUAUGUUUGUGUGUGUGUGUGAGUGCACGCACGUGUAUGUGUGUGUGUGCGUGUGCGUGCAUGCAUGUGUGUGUGUGUGUGCGUGUGUUUGAGUGCAGGUCUGGACUGUUGCCUUCUUGCCAUCAUUCUUUUAAAAUAAAUUAAUACAUAAAAUCACAGAAACUAAACAGCAAACCCCUUGGGGAAACCAGGAGGACAGCACUGGCCCCAGUGGAGAUCCCAAACACAGGUGAGGUCGCCUGUGCAGUGGUGGGAUGAGAGAUCUGUCUGUGCCGUGCUUUGGGCUGAUUUGUUGUUUCUGUGGAUCCACUCACGCCGCACACACAGGUUACACCCUCUUUCCCCUCACCAGCCAGUCAUCUGCGGUUUUUGUUACAAUCAGGCAAACCGAGUCCGUAACAACACCAGCAAUCCAGCCAGAUGCUCCUGAGUCAGACACCCCUCACCAACACCCCUGCAAACGCACGAGCAAAUAUCUCAUUCAGAGUCCUGCACAUGUACUCACCAAAUAUAAAACUGUACAUAAAUACCACACACAUCCCACAUAAGGUUAACAGACAAAUGUAUAAAUACUGUAAGUUCCCAAAUAUACCCCUCAUAACAAUACCCUUACAUACUCCUAAUAUAUACCCCGUUUACCCCGGGGUUAUAAAUAAUCAUGAAUACCCCUGACUUCAUUUGACUUCACCAGUUCUAUUUCACUGCUGUUGUAGUUCUCUGCUGAUGAUUCAUCUCCAGAAUACAGAAGCAGUGUAUGAAAGGCAAUACAUGUGAGAAUGUACGAAUUUACUGUUACAGGCCACCACCAUUGAUCAGUGUGUGACUUACCUUAUCAUGGUGAAUGUGGCAGUGUGUUGGGCUUGUUUUACUGUUUGGCAGUGGAACAGGAAGCUGCAGUGUCCCCAGGUGUGAGCCCUGACUGAGUCUGACACAUUCACAGAUGUUCAGCUCCAGGCUCAGGCUGUGCAGCUCCACGCAGCCAUGUCCUGCAGGUGUGUGCUGAUGAGCGAUUGGAUGCCCACAUUCACAAAGGUGGAAGGGACUGCACACCUGUGCAGGUCAGCGUGUCUGAACUGAGGCAUUAAACACAUCAUUCAAUAUGAAGCAGAGUUUAUAGUUGUACAUCAAUGUCAAUUUUUAUUUUAUUGAUGCCUUAGACAAAAGUGCUUCGGUAGUAGAGAAUUAGUUGUUUAGAGAUCGUAGCUAUGUGAGAAAAGAGAUGUACUGUUAAAUGCGUGUAAAUUGAGAUGAGCAGUGAAAAUGCUCGGAUGAUAUCCGUACUGUUGUCCUUUGUGAGGUCUCUGCAAGUGUUGUACAGAAACUUGAAACUACAUUCAAACCCAUUUGCAAAUAAAUGGAAUUUCAUUUAAUAUUUGUCAUUAUUCACAGAGCUACAGUAUUGUAAACAUCAUUGAAUAUGUAUUGCUGAUGUAUUUGUAAAAUGUAUGAAUAUGAUGCACAUUGUGUUUUCUGUUCCACCAGUACAUCAUAUGACCAUAGCCUUUUUCAUAGGAAUCCGAAUAUCUCACGUUUCUAUUGACUCACACAACUUUUUUUCUCAUUUGAAAGAGCAGAAUCUAAUGCAAUAAUGCCAGGACUGAGCUGUUUGCAGUGUGAAUUAUUUCAUUUGUACUUGUGUUUAUAU